GAAAGAAGAAGAGGAAAACCUCACAUUAAGGGAACUUAAUCUGGCCACUGUGGCUCCAGCAUUGAAACUGAGCAUCUUCUGAAGCUAGCAAGAACUCGUGAACGCUCAUGAAAUAAGCCAUUCAGUUUCUGUCUAACUGUUGAGCUGGAAAACCUUCGUUCACCAGGAUGUGCGGUCACGUAGAGAGACUGGUUUUAGUCUCUUUUCUCUUCAUGACAUCUUCACCGGUUGCAGAUGGUCAGAUCAGACUAGCUGGGUCUGGGUCCACUCGGUGCUCUGGAAGAGUUGAAAUCUAUCACAGUGGCUCCUGGGGAACAGUGUGUGAUGAUGACUGGGACUUAAAUGAUGCUGGCGUGGUCUGCAGACAGCUGGGCUGUGGGGCAGCAGAGAGUGUCCAUCAAUCAGCUCACUUUGGUCAAGGUACAGGACAAAUCUGGCUUGAUAAUGUGGCCUGUUCAGGAACUGAAAGUUCUCUAACCGCGUGUCAACACAGAGGAUUUGGGACACAUAACUGUGGGCAUAGUGAGGAUGCUGGUGUCACAUGUUCAGUUGGCCAGAUAAGAUUAGUUGGAUCAACUCGGUGCUCUGGAAGAGUUGAAAUCUAUCACAGUGGCUCCUGGGGAACAGUGUGUGAUGAUGACUGGGACUUAAAUGAUGCAAAAGUGGUCUGCAGACAGCUGGGCUGUGGGGCAGCAGUGAAUGCCUAUCCAUCAGCUCACUUUGGUCAAGGUACAGGACAAAUUUGGCUUGAUGAUGUGGCCUGUUCAGGAAGUGAAAGCUCUCUAACUGCAUGUCGCUACAGUGGAUUUGGGACACAUAACUGUGGGCAUGGUGAGGAUGCUGGCGUUGCCUGUUUAGACAAACCAAAACCCAGGAUUUCCAUCAAUCCUUCUGGUCAAGUUACCUGGGGUCAGAAUGUCGCUAUCACAUGUUCGAUCACAGGUGAUCAGUUAAGUGGAGCAUUUAUCUUCACAAAGACCUCAGGCUCAUUCAGCAGGAGAAUAACAUCAAGCAGAAACGCUGCUACCCUCAGUAUCUCUAAUGUAAACCUUGACAAUGAGGGAUCAUACCAGUGUCAGUUUCAGAGGGAUUUGAUUCCAGACUCCAACGCCCCUCUAAGUGAUUCUGUGAGACUCUCAGUGACAGUCAACCUCCCAAAGCCCAGAAUCACCAAGAAUAUUAUUGGUGCAGUAACCUGGGGUCAAGCUGUUACCAUCACUUGUUCAAUAUCAACUCAGCAUUUAGGUGGAACAUUCACUCUGCAGCAGACCUCAGGCCCAUUCAGAAAAAGCCAAACAUCGAGCACAAACUCUGUUACCUUUAAUAUCCCUCAAGUGACCUUCAGUAACGAGGGAUCGUACCAGUGUCAGUAUCAGACAAGAGUUUCAAGUCGAGACUUCAGAUCCCCACAGAGUGAUUCUAUGAGAGUUUCUGUUACUGUGAUCCUGCCAAAGCCCAGCAUCUCCAUGAUUCCUGUGGGGAAUGUGACCUGGGGCCAAACUGCUAGCAUCACUUGUUCAAUCUCAACUCAGCAUUUAGGUGGAACAUUCACUCUGCAGCAGAGCUCAGGCUCAUUCAGAAAAAGCCAAACAUCGAGCACAAACUCUGUUACCUUUAAUAUCCCUCAAGUGACCUUCAGUAAUGAGGGAUCGUACCAGUGUCAGUAUCAGACAAGGAUUUCAGGUCGAGACUUCAGCUCCCCUCAGAGUGACCCUGUCAGAGUUUCUGUUACUGUAAUCCUCCCAAAGCCCAGCAUCUCUAAGAGUCCAGUUGGAGAGUUGACCUGGGGUCAAGACGUUAGCAUCACUUGUUCAAUCUCAACUCAGCAUUUAGGUGGAACAUUCACUCUGCAGCAGACCUCAGGCUCAUUCAGGAAAAGCCAAACAUCGAGCACAAACUCUGUUACCUUCAAUAUCCCUCAAGUGACCUUCAGUAACGAGGGAUCGUACCAGUGUCAGUAUCAGACAAGAGUUUCAAGUCGAGACUUCAGAUCCCCACAGAGUGAUUCUAUGAGAGUUUCUGUUACUGUGAUCCUGCCAAAGCCCAGCAUCUCCAUGAUUCCUGUGGGGAAUGUGACCUGGGGCCAAACUGCUAGCAUCACUUGUUCAAUCUCAACUCAGCAUUUAGGUGGAACAUUCACUCUGCAGCAGACCUCAGGCUCAUUCAGGAAAAGCCAAACAUCGAGCACAAACUCUGUUACCUUCAAUAUCCCUCAAGUGACCUUCAGUAACGAGGGAUCGUACCAGUGUCAGUAUCAGACAAGAGUUUCAAGUCGAGACUUCAGAUCCCCACAGAGUGAUUCUAUGAGAGUUUCUGUUACUGUGAUCCUGCCAAAGCCCAGCAUCUCCAUGAUUCCAGUGGGGAAUGUGACCUGGGGCCAAACUGCUAGCAUCACUUGUUCAAUCUCAACUCAGCAUUUAGGUGGAACAUUCACUCUGCAGCAGAGCUCAGGCUCAUUCAGGAAAAGCCAAACAUCGAGCACAAACUCUGUUACCUUCAAUAUCCCUCAAGUGACCUUCAGUAAUGAGGGAUCGUACCAGUGUCAAUAUCAGACAAGGAUUUCAAUUCGAGACUUCAGAUCCCCACAGAGUGACCCUGUCAGACUCUCUGUUACUGUGAUCCUCCCAAAGCCAAGUAUCUCUAAGAGUCCAACUGGAGAGUUGACCUGGGGUCAAGACGUUAGCAUCACUUGUUCAAUCUCCACUCAGCAUUUAGGUGGAACAUUCACUCUGCAGCAGACCUCAGGCUCAUUCAGGAAAAGCCAAACAUCGAGCACAAACUCUGUUACCUUCAAUAUCCCUCAAGUGACCUUCAGUAACGAGGGAUCGUACCAGUGUCAGUAUCAGACAAGAGUUUCAAGUCGAGACUUCAGAUCCCCACAGAGUGAUUCUAUGAGAGUUUCUGUUACUGUGAUCCUGCCAAAGCCCAGCAUCUCCAUGAUUCCUGUGGGGAAUGUGACCUGGGGCCAAACUGCUAGCAUCACUUGUUCAAUCUCAACUCAGCAUUUAGGUGGAACAUUCACUCUGCAGCAGAGCUCAGGCUCAUUCAGGAAAAGCCAAACAUCGAGCACAAACUCUGUUACCUUCAAUAUCCCUCAAGUGACCUUCAGUAACGAGGGGUCGUACCAGUGUCAGUAUCAGACAAGGAUUUCAAGUCGAGACUUCAGGUCCCCACAAAGUGAUUCUGUUAGAGUUUCUAUUUCUGUGAUCCUGCCAAAGCCCAGCAUCUCCAUGAUUCCAGUGGGGAAUGUGACCUGGGGCCAAACUGUUAGCAUCACUUGUUCAAUCUCAACUCAGCAUUUAGGUGGAACAUUCACUCUGCAGCAGAGCUCAGGCUCAUUCAGAAAAAGCCAAACAUCGAGCACAAACUCUGUUACCUUUAAUAUCCCUCAAGUGACCUUCAGUAAUGAGGGAUCGUACCAGUGUCAGUAUCAGACAAGAGUUUCAAGUCGAGACUUCAGAUCCCCGCAGAGUGACACUGUCAGAGUUUCUGUUACUGUAAUCCUCCCAAAGCCCAGCAUCUCUAAGAGUCCAGUUGGAGAGUUGACCUGGGGUCAAGACGUUAGCAUCACUUGUUCAAUCUCAACUCAGCAUUUAGGUGGAACAUUCACUCUGCAGCAGACCUCAGGCUCAUUCAGGAAAAGCCAAACAUCGAGCACAAACUCUGUUACCUUCAACAUCCCUCAAGUGAAUUUCAAUAACGAGGGAUCGUACCAGUGUCAGUAUCAGACAAGGAUUUCAGGCCGGGAAUUCAGCUCCCCUCAAAGUGACUCAAUCAGACUCUCUGUUACUGUAAUCCUUCCAAAGCCCAGCAUCUCUACGACUCCAGUUGGACAGUUGACCUGGGGUCAAGACGUUAGCAUCACUUGUUCAAUCUCAACUCAGCAUUUAGGUGGAACAUUUACUCUGCAGCAGAGCUCAGGCUCAUUCAGGAAAAGCCAAAUAUCGAGUGCAACCUCAGUUACAUUCAACAUUACUGAAGUGAAUUUCAAUAACGAAGGAUUGUAUCAGUGUCAAUAUCAGACAAGGAUUUCAAGUCAAGACUUCAGAUCCCCACAAAGUGAUUCUGUCAGAGUUUCUGUUACUGUAAUCCUCCCAAAUCCCACCAUCUCAACAAACACUGGUGGUGCAGUAACCUGGGGUCAAGAUGUUAGCAUCACUUGUUCAAUCUCAACUCAGCAUUUAGGUGGAACAUUCACUCUGCAGCAGAGCUCAGGCUCAUUCAGGAAAAGCCAAACAUCGAGCACAAACUCUGCUGUCUUUAGAAUCCCUGAAGUGAACUUCAGUAACGAGGGAUUGUAUCAGUGCCACUAUCACACAAGGGUUUCAGGGCGAGAAUUCAGCUCCCCUCAAAGCAGUUCUGUCAGAAUAUCUGUUACAUUGAUCCUCCCAAAGCCCAGUGUCUUUGUGAUUCCUGUGGGGAAGGUGACCUGGGGACAUCACGUCAGCAUCACUUGUUCAAUCUCAACUCAGCAUUUAGGUGGAACAUUCACUCUGCAGCAGACCUCAGGCUCAUUCAGGAAAAGCCAAACAUCGAGUACAAACUCUGCUUCCUUCAAUAUCACUCAAGUGACCUUCAGUAAUGUGGGAUCAUACCAGUGUCAGUAUCAGACAAGAGUUUCAAGUCGAGACUUCAGCUCCCCAGAAAGUGACCCUGUCGGAUUGUCUGUUGCAGUGACACUGCAGCAGCCCAGCAUCUGCCUGACAUCUCCUAACACCGGGCUGGUCUGUGGUCCUGAAGGUGCAGAGGUCAUCAGAGGUGACGACUUUGUCUUCACCUGCUCCAUUUCCUCCCACUUUCCUGGAGGGGUUUUCUCUCUCAUCUUCUCAGGCUCCAACAUCACCGAGACCAAGCCAGCUAUCAAUAACUCAGCCUCCUUUAGUUUUCCUGAAGCUGACUAUGAACACCAGGGCAACUAUAGCUGUGUGUAUGAGGUCGUAGUCGUCUCGAGGACAUUCACCUCAACCUUCACAGCAAUGAGUGUCACCAUUAAGAAGGCUGGAUUGAAGCUGUACUUAAUGGGUAUGACCAUGCUUGUCUCAGUCUCAGCAACCUUAUUGCUGCUUCUGCUGGUCUUGCCUGUGGUCUUUCUGGUCUGCAGGAGAAGGAGACAAGUGGAGAAGUCUGAAGACCUUGUCCAUUUUCAAAUUAUUUCAAACAAUUACACCACUGAUGGUGAGGAAGAGCCGCAUUAUAUCAGCUUUAAGCAGAACAACACAACGAAGAAGGUGGAUCAAGAACAGUGUAUGGAGAGAGUUGUGUGUGAAGAGGAUCAUGAUCAUGAGUGAAAAAGAAAAUGAAAGGGCUGCCAACUUUUUCUUUUCAGUUGGAGUAGAAGGUGGGGGAGCUGAAAGGUCCCUUUAAAUUGUUUAUAAGUGUGACUGUGUGUUCAAAAAUAGAAUAAAUACCACAGCACGAUAAUACUUUUAAUAAUUCAGUCAUUAUCAGCCCAAAUUUGCUCUCUGUGUUGCUUAGAAAAAGAUUUCUUAGUUUAUAAAUAAUUAUGAAACACUCAGCAAAAACUGAGACUUAAAGUCUCAGUAUUUGCAUUAUUAAUCAUUAUCGCAGGUCAAGGUCAUAGGUCACUGUUCUAUCAUAGGACUCAGUGUUUAAAUGUAAUGAUAAUUGAUUAUUCUUUCUAAAUUAAAAUGCCAAUGAGACGUGUACCAAAUAUUGAUACAAUUAUCAAAUACUAACUUUGAUUAUUUGUACGUUUAUUUUUAUAGUUGUUCACUUUUUGCCUAAAAUUCAAAGUUUUAGUAACUACAGUUUAUGUAUUUGAUUUGUCAGAGAGAUCUGUGUGCCUCAUGGUCUGAUAAAUCAUCAAUAGGAUAUAGAUUUGUGUUGGUUGCUUCCAGCUGUUUGAAUUUAACACCUGCAGAUUCAGACAGUAGACAUAUGUGUACAUUUGUGAGCUGUGUACAUUUUAGCAUGUAACACAGUAACGCUAAAUUUAUUAAUUAUUCAGUUAUUCCAGUCACACACACAGAGGAUAGUUCCAGCAAAUCACACUUUACUUUUAUAUAACUAAGUGAGGUGAGUGGUCACACACAGUUGCAUUAGUUACACUCGGUAGCUGUCCUCAGGUUGAAGAGUCCUGAGCUCCACGUAGCAAUUAUCUAUUUUAUACUUUAUUCUAAUAACAAGUGAUGUGUAAGUUGAUGCACUUAUUAUAGCAAAUAAUAAUCAUUUUCAUCAUCAUCAUCAUUGUUGCAAAAUUUAAAUGUAACCUCAUUAUUUGUGGUUUUAAUCAUUGUGUCAUUACUGUGCACAUGGAUGUUGUUCAGCUUUACUGCAAAUUUAAAUAAAGACUACUGCCAAAAUAUAGAAA